CCCCUUGCUGCUGCCCCUGCUGGUCAAUGACGGCUGCCGGGUGUGUGUUGGAGUGAUCAGUGGCGGAAUAGAUGGCCGCGAUGACGUCACCACCUCCACCUCCAGAUGGCUCCUCCUCCGGCAAGCCGUCGCACUGCACCGCUAUCUCGCUGGUCGACCACAAGGCACCCACUGCACGCCCCUCCCCGCCCGGCCGGUGACACCCACAGCAGCUAUGCCGACCCUUGCCCCCUCUCCAUCCACCUCGUCACACCCCGUGGUCUGCCGGGUGUGGUCACAAACAGCCACAGCCUUCACCACUUCUGCCGCCGCUGUUGCACCGCUCGCCAGAUGGUGCUCUCCCUCCUCAUUGCCCGGCAUUGUGUCCCGCUGGUCCUCCUGGGUCUCAUUUGCCGUCUGCCGCCGAUCGGUGGUUGUGCGAUUGCAUUCGGUGGUCUUGUUGGAAUGCGUGGGAAGGGGCGGGCAGUCCUCAGUCGACAGGGGGAUGGGGUCCUCACUGUCAGCGAGAGAUUGCGAGCCCGACCACGCCGCCUUGCUGUCCGAUGGACGGCUGCCGGCGCCGCUGACCUCGCACCCUCGCGACCCUACCACAGCCGCACGCGACGCUCCUUUGUCUCGAGUGCUCUUGGGUCUGCUGCUGUUGUUGUACUGGGUGCUUUUGGUCCUGGUGUUGGUGCUGCUGUUGUUGGUGUGUGUGGUGGUGUGUGGGUAGGAGACCACGGGGUGAGGGGUGGGCUUGAGGGUGCGGGGAGGGGGCAGGAUGGUCGGCAUGGGGACCGAAGGCGACUCACUGACAGAAGGACUGCAUCAACCGGCCACCGGCAACCAACAGAUUCACAACAGACAAAACAAACAUGCUUCAUACGUGUGUUAUGAGCCCCACUCGCUCACCCGUGCUGCCCCUGCUGGUCAAUGACGGCUGCCGCUUGCUGCUGACUCACCGCCCUCGUGUCAGCAAUCAUCACACGCCAGGAGGGCGCUCUCACUUCGCACGGCUUCACGGCCGCCAAGAUGUCCUCACCGCCGACCAACAGACAGGACAGACGCGAGCGCUCGAUCGCCACCCGUGGCAUCGCCUUGGCGUCCGUGGUGUGGCUGGGAAGGGGGAGGGGGGACGGGGGAGUGACGCUGGCCAAAGCCACCUGGGGCUGCUGUUGGUGCUGGCGAUGGUGGGGUGUGGUGACUGUGCUGCCGACAUCCGCUGCCGGGUGUGGGCUGGGGUGAUCAGUGGCCGGACGGAUGGCCGCGAUGGCCUCAUGACCUCCGCCACCAGAUGGCUCCUCCUCCGGCAAGCCGUCGCGCUGCACCGCUAUCUCGCUGGUCGACGACAAGGCACCCACUGCACGCCCCCCUCCCGCCAGUCCAAUGACACCCGCAGCCAUGCCGAUCCCCCCCUCUCCAUCCACCUCAUCACAAACAGCCACCACCUUCACCGCUGCUGCUGCCGCCGGUGCUCUGCCACCCACACGAUGGCGCUCUCCCUCCUCAUCUCCCCCCGGAGCAUCCUGCUGUCCCCGUUGGUCUUCCUUGGGAUCGGUGGUGGCUCUGCUCGUUGUGGUCAGUGUGGGGAGGGGCGGGAUGACCUCCUCCGUCGAGAGGGGGUUGGCGUCGCCAUCCGCAUCAGAGAGAGAUUGUGAGCCAGACCACGCCGUCCUGACAUCCGACGGACGGUUGCUGGCGCCGGUGAAAUCGUGCCCACGAGACCGCGACACACCUUCCUUGGCAGUGCUGCUGCUGCCGCCGUCUGGGGGCCGUAUGGUUGUGGUGGUCCUGCUCGUGGUGGUGGUGGCGACGGUCGUUGUUGCAGUCGUGGACGAUGGACGGAGGCGAGAGGCCUGGCGAUAGGCCGGGGCGGACGACUCCCUGAACGACAGCAAAUCGGGCUUGGGAUGGAAGUGCGUGCGGCUCAGUGAAUGCCUACCGUCCUGAUGCGCCGCUGAGGAGGCUUAGGAUCGACGAAGGAGUGGCGGCGCGGAGCCUCAGGGCCUCACAGAUCAACUCAUCCAUCGGGAACGAGCGGCAAGCUGAUGCACACACGCGCACACGCACACAUCGACAUCUCGCCGUGUGCGCCGUUUCGCCCCUCCCUUGCUCACCCUGUGUGUCAUCGCGGGGGUCGGCAUCAAAGUCCGCGAGAAGGAAGUCGUAGAGGCUAUCGGAGUUCAACUUGUUGGCGAUGAGCUGUUGUCGGUUCAGGGUCAGCCACCCGACCGCAACGAAGUAGAAGAUCGUCUCUGCCGGCUGACACACAGACACAGACACAGACACCAGUGAAGGCAGUAGGAAGGAGGGCGGACUCGCUGUGAGUUCUUGUGUUGUGCUGUUGUUAUUAGGUACCUUGUGGUGGAGGCAGAGUCGCCAGAGGGUCAGGAGUGUCUCAACGUUGCGGAAGACCUUCGCAUACAGCGUCGAGAACCAUCUGCACGAACACAAGACACACACACGAUCUCUGUCAGUGUGCGGGCGGGGAGAGAGGCUGCCAGUGUGUGGCUCACUUGGGAAGGUACAUCUCUGGCUCGAUGCCAUGGCCGUCGAAGAUUGUGCUGACCUCCGGAUCGUGGAACUUGAGCAGGAGCCUGUAACACAAACACACACACACACACACACAAUCCGAGCAGCCUGCAGGAACAUGGCCGUGACUGACUUCCCUUCUGCACCACCACACCCACCCUGUGAGUUUGUACAUCCUAAGCUCGGCCACGAGGAGCCGACGCCCGGCGCGAGGGUGCGCAGGAUCAUGUCCAAACACCCGAGCAGCUGCGCCGGGCUCGGCCGAGGCUGAAGCGCAUACAACGGUGCAACGAUCUCGUUCAGCCCUGCACAAGCCGCACACAGCCAGCCCGCACCGACACGUACGCCCUAUGUAUGGCUAGUUGAGGCGUUGUGUGAGUACCCUGGGUGUAGCUUAUUGACAGCAUAGCACAGAACGACUGCAGCGCUACUUGCAGGUCGGCCUUAGUGCGCUCGUCACGAUACAACGGGCACUCUUGGCGAGUGCGGGCCAGGUCGCCGGCGAUCAACUGCAAACAGACAACACGGACAGACAGACAGACAAACAGACAAAUAGACAAACAAACAGACAUCCCUGGCCCAUCAAAUUCUCAAUUUCUCACCUCCGCAUUGGCCGCAUCCUUCUGUGGAGAUGUGCAUGUGGUGGCCUGGUGCACUAUCAGCCGGCAGUAGGCGGGGAUGUCUGCCUUGAGGGUCGUCAGCCACUGGCUGAGGAGGCGAUCUUCCUGUCCAUCGCACGGAGGGUCUGUGCCUCCGGCUGCGGCUGCCAACGCUGCGCAAGAUUUGCGCUUGCUUGCGGCUGCGGCUGGGGCUGGGGCAUGCUCUUGCAUGGUUUCU